CAUUGCGAAGUGAAGCGAGCGCGCAUUACUACGCUUAUUAAAAAAUACAGCUCCAUAACAAUAAGCCAGAAUGAUCUCGAUAUUUGGCGUGUUGCUGGUCGCUGUAGCUUUCAAGAAUUGUAACGCACUGCCACCAUGCGUUUGCGCGAAAAAUUACAGACCAGUGUGUGGUUCAGAUGGGAAUACUUACUCCAAUGAAUGCAUGAUGAACUGCGCUAGUUAUAAUACCAAGAGCAAUAUAGAAAUGUCCAAAACAGGUCCGUGCAAUGAAGAGGCGCAAAAUCUCUGUAUAUGUACAAUGGAAUACAGACCAGUGUGCGGAGACGACGGGAAAGACUACUUUAACUCUUGUGAAGCUGGAUGCAAUAAGGUUGAAAUUAAAUCGUACGGCCUCUGUGAUGAAGUGAAAGUUGCAGUAAUACCUCCUUGCACAUGUUCAAAGGAGAAGAAGCCUGUUUGCGGCACAGACGGCGCUACUUACAGCAACGAUUGCUUGCUCAACUGCGCUACACAAGUGAAUUCAAGGCUUGGUAUUGCUCAUCAAGGACCUUGCGAAGAAAUAAAAACACCAAGUACACCAGCAAGUAGACCGGAAAGUAUUGGAGUAUCAUGUGGCUGUACCAGGAAUUUCAUGCCUGUUUGCGGUUCCGACGGAGUUACGUAUAACAAUGAUUGUCUUUUAAAUUGUUCCGGCAAGGAGAAAAUAAAGGAAGGCUCUUGUGAGCAGAUCGAUAUCGUUAAUAAUUAACGCGUUGAUAAGAGUCACUGAAGAUAAAAACGUUUUGUGUUGUGUGGUUAUACGAAAGCAGUUUUAUACUUAAAUAAAUAGGAAAUAAGAAACUUUUUUGUAUUUGUUAUAAUAAAUUAUUUUUCAACGUU